AUGGAUCCUAUUGGGGCAGUGGGUCUCGCGGCAAAUGUUGUUCAGCUGCUAGACUUUGGCAUCAAGCUGGUUUCUAAAGCGCACCACAUAUACAACUCUCCUGAGGGUGCUGGGGUGCAUAAUAUUGAAUUGGAUGUCAUCGCCCAGAACUUAAUCUCCGUGAACAGGCGGUUGCACAACAGGUCUCGCAAAAUCUGCGCUUUUGCCAUCGGCGAGGAACUGAUCAAGGAUCUGCAAGCGGCAAAAGUGCAGGGCACUCAUAACCACUGGAAAAGUGUUAGACAGGCCUUGAAGAGCGCCGUGGGUCGAGAUGGGAUUCAGGAGCUAUACAACCGACUCAAAAAAUAUCGAGAGCAGAUUGUCGUCGUCCUACUUGUGAUCACCAGUGCCAAACAAACAGCACUCAACGAAAAUGUGGACGCAGUCAAGCAUAGCAUCAUCGAGUCUGAAUCGAGAAUUCUCGGACGAGACCCGGAGGACUCGUCCCCAACCCCUGGAUGCAUCCAAUGCUCGAAUUGCAACACCACUAAACAAGAAGACGUGUUGAAAGUCUCGCGGCUGCUCUCCGAAAGGAUCUCUCGUGGCUCGGAGGAGAAGAUCAAGGAAGAAAUUCUCGAAAGCCUAUAUUAUCUAAAUAUGCAAUACCAACGUGAAUGGAUCUCGAGCGCACAUAAGAAGACGUUCAAUUGGACCCUGGAGGAUAAAGCCGGGUAG